CCACGGUUACGUGUUACGUGGGAGAAUCAGCUGUGCGCGACUACGGACAUGGACAGCUCGGCCAGCUCGGCGAACGAGAGUCUCGAGAUACCGCCCGUCAAAUACGAGUAUCUGGAUCAUACCGCGGAUGUACAAUUGCAUGCAUGGGGCGACACCCUGGACGAGGCUUUCGAGCAAUGCGCGAUAGCCAUGUUCAACUACAUGACGGAUCUGGAGCGCGUGGAGAUGACGCAGGUGCAUCACAUCGAGGCCGACGGUGACGACAUGGAGAGUCUGCUCUUCCACUUUCUCGACGAGCUCCUCUUCAUGUUCAGCGCCGAGCCGUACAUAGUCGCUAAGAAAGUCAAGAUUACCGAAUUUGACCGGCAAGGGUUUAAAAUCAAGGCAACCGCGUACGGCGAGGAGUUCGUGAUUGGCAAGCACACGCAAGGCAGCGAGGUAAAGGCCAUCACGUACUCGGCGAUGCAGAUCUACGAACGUCCGCGGGUGGAUCGGCCCGAGAUCUUCGUGAUCAUUGAUAUAUGAUACAACCCUCGUCCGCCGAUCGCAAUGCACACAUACCCUAACGACAUUUCGUUGUAUAACUUUCUUACAACGCUCUAAAAACAGUGGCAGGGAGGAAUAGGAAGGAAAAGGGGGAUGACUUGGCUCGACCAAGGGGGGGGGGAUUAGAGGAAAAAGUAGGGGGAGGCGGCCGAAGGGCAAGAAGGGAAACCGUAUGCCUCCCCUAAGGUCUACAUAGGAUGCGAUCCUUUUGUAUACUUGCCCCGUAGGGUUCAAAUAAAUACGUUACGAAGAAUGCACCGGGCCUCCCUUCUUCUUGGCUCGACUUGUGACUCAGGUAUGUAACAAGAUUACCCGGAUUCCCGGGAAAGCGCAGGAAAGAGGGAUCUACUUAGACAGCCGUUUGUAAGAGGAAAGCGUACGACAGUUCUUAUCGUCAUCGUCACGUAUUUUUGUACAUAUUUUUGUUAUUUAACAUUGCUAGUUGACAAACAAGUAUAAUCAAUACAUUAGACCUUUCUACUUUGGAAUGGCUGUUCUCUUUGAACUACGUUUCUCCUUUAGAGUUACUUUCUCACAUUUCUACACAUUUCCCUCGCAGGGAUCAUGUGAGAAAGUGAGAAAAAUAUAGAAAAUACCACAUAAGUAAAUUGACAGCAACAUUUUGCGCGCGUCAUAAAAAAACAGGCCAUUUUAACAAACUUAGUAGGGUGUUAACGUUUUUUAAAUGUAUAUUUUUGACAUACUUAUAUCGCAUGUACAGUAAAAUAAAAAACUGAUUAAUUUUGAAUACUAGGCCAUAAGUUUCCGCUAAAUUUGACGUUGUUGGAAGGUGUGAGCACUUGAUAGCGCGUCUUACUUCUUUUUAUGUAACUACUAACUGUACAAGUGUCCAAUAGAAUUGUACAUUCUAUUGCAUCUGAAUUAUCCAGUAUGUGUGUAUUUUUGUGACAUAAAACAAUUGGCGUUGAAA